AUGCGCCCCCAGAACGGACAGUUGUGCAACGGCACGUCGGACUCCGCUUGCGAGUUGCCCGUCACAGGCACCUGCAGCACGUGCCUCGGCGGGUGCUCGGUGGGCGGAGCGUGUGCCUGCGGCGUGGACGAGCCGUCGUGCCUGAACAGCAACGGCACCUGGUGUUCCGCGCUCGCUGCGUGCGAUGUGUGCGAGGAGAAGGGUACGGACCCGACGGUCGUGCCCGCAGGAUCCAACUUCACUUGCCUGCAGCUGAGGCAGGCGCUGGAGGCCUCCUGGGUGCCGCUAGUGUGCGACCAGGCCCGGGCGCUGUGGGAGAGCUACUGCUGCACCGACCAGGUCAGCCCGCUGUCCAUGAUAAUCGACCAGAUCGAUUUCGACGACAUCAUUACGAACGCCAGCCGUCGCGCAACCUUCGAGAGCGUGAUGGCGAGCGAGGUCUUGACGGCUGCGGCUGGUGGACGCCGGCUGGAGUCCUCGCUUAGCAACGGUUCGUAUGAUAAAGGGCGACGGUUGGCGACCAAUUUGUGGGUAGACGGUUUUACCUACUGCCCCGCCCUCAACCGUGUCGUGAUGUUGCUAGGGGCUCCCCUGGACGAGAACAUCUCAGACGAGGUCCAGGGCUUGAACAGCUCUAUCGGAGACGGGUCCAUCAGCAACGGGAGCUGGUCAAUGGAGUCCAACCUUCGGAGCUCUUUGAAUAACUUGACGACAGGGGGCACGUCGGCGGAUUUCUCGAUGGAGCGCAUGUGUGACAAGUACACGUCGAUGAUGACGACGUGCAACGACUCUGUCGCGUCGGACGACUUCGUGAGGGACCUGCGGAACCAGUACGACGCGGGGUUCCUGCAGGCCUGCGCGCAGUGCGGCAGCCAAGAAUUCCACGAUCCUGGGUGCGUUGGGGACAUGAGCUACCCGUGGCCGAACCCUGCGCCGGGGUGCUACAAGCCCUAUGUCGCGUGCUUCAUGCGCGUGUGCGAACCGGGGACGUUCUCGCCCCGGGUUGGCAUGAUCAGCCUGGACGGCUGCGACCUGUGUCCGCCCGGCAGGUUCACGAACGCCUCAGGCCAGAGCGCAUGCGCGGAGUGCGAGCCGGGCAGUUUCCAGAGCGAGUUCGGGAAGACGGCUUGCGAGGUGUGCGGCCUGGGCACCUUCAGCGGGAUCUUUGGGGCGGCCGCGUGCGACGCCUGCUACGCCAACUCCUACACGCCCGAGGCUGGCGCCACCAGCUGCCUGGACUGCCCUGGCGCGCCGUCAGGCGCCAGCAAAGGCGUGUCGUUUGUGGCGCCGCCGAACACCAGCAAUGAUCUGAGCACGUGCGUGUGCCCUGUGGGUUCCUUCUACGACAAGAGCGUCGGCGGGUGUAUCAAGUGCGACGGCGAUGGGCAUGAGUUUCUCCUGUGCCCAGGCGGGCAUCCUCACGGCUGGCACGAAUGGGAUCUGAGCGUCAGUGUCCAGCAGGGAUACAUGACACUCCCUGAUGAGCCGUACAGCGUCUACACCUGUUCUGGAAACAAGAUGAAAAGGUGCGCAGGGAAGCGCUUGGUGAGGUCUGCCGACAUAUGCGCGACGAAUUUCGACCUCGAGAAGGCUCGCUGCUCCAGAUGUCGGACCGGCACGGUUCUGGUCGGUGACGUGUGCGAAGAGUGCGAGGACGGAGGCGAGCCCAUUACAUGGCUCAAGGCUGCGGCAUCAUUCAUAUUUCAGCUGGUCAUGGUAUUCUACAUGUAUAAGCGCUUCAACAUCCCGAACCCUUCAGGUGCAAUCACAUUCGGAGCGCUCAUCAAUUUCUUGCAGCAGCUGCAGACUUUGAGCAAGUUGGAUCUUGAUUGGCCUUCAACCUUGCAGAAUUUUUGGCAAACGAUCAACUUGUUCACGCUGCCUGGUAUCCGGGGUUUCUUCUCUUUCAACAUCGAGUGUUACGUUGGCAAUGGUUUUCUGGUCGACUUGGUACAGGAGGGCGUUAGCCCGCUCCUGAUAUUUGUUGAUUUCCUUCUUUUGCAGUCAAUUUAUAAGAUGUUCAGGAGCUCCAUGCAGUUCCACUUCGUCCACAACAUUGUCGGGCUGGUGUUCACCAAGAUGUUCAUUUCUCUGACGUCUCUCUCGAUGUCGCUGUUCUACAAGAUCACGAUGCCCAAUGGCUUAGAGAUGGUGAGGGCUUACCCAGAGCUGGAGUUCUCCUCCGACGACUGGUGGACCGCGGCGCCCAUCAAUCUGGUGACUACCAUCCUGUAUGGCGUCACCACGAUCUCCUACGUUGCAUGGGUAGUCUGGACGGCGCCUCGCAGGGCGGCGACGACGGCCAACUUCGGGGCCAAGUACCGGUUCUGCUUCGGCUCGCUGCGCCCCGACUGCUGGUGGUGGGUGCUCAUGAACCUCAUCUUCGGCUUCUCGCUGAACCUGCUUCAAGUGGUUCUGCCGGGCAAGAAUGUGCAGGAGCAGGUCUACACGACGCUGUUUGCUCUGAUCAUGUUCACGAGCUUCCAGUUCUACAUACAGCCUCUCAAGUUCACAGCAAACAAUCGUGUCGACCUCACCUUCAAGAUCUCCUUGAUCGUGUUUCUGGUGCUCGCCACGUCUUUCGUCAAGAGGGACAAGGUGGGCUCUGGCGUGCAGGAGUCCAAAGACAUGUACGCCACCAUUAUCGUGGCUUUGUUCGUUGGCGCGUUCGCAUUUGCUUUCCUCAAGUUCACGAAAUGGGCGCUGUCCCACUGCAACCCUGAUGGCAUGGUGCACGGUCAGAUGGCUCACACAGUGUGGCGCCUCCGGGACGUCUCGACUGCCAUGCUCAUGAUGCCCGAGAAGGAUCUGUUCCGAAAGGCGGGCGGACUCCUUGACAACGACGUACAAGUGUUGCAGAACGCUACGAAUACGAUGAUCAAUGUGCUGUUCGGACAGCAGGCCAGCAAUCACAAGAGACAGCAGCGUCUCAUAGUCGGUGGCGGAGGGUUCCGGGUCUGGAACCACAAUGAGCAGGUCGUGCAGAUGAUCAAGGACACGGAGUCUGGGAAGCUUCACGACGCGGUCGCGCAAAGUUGCCGGUUCCGGUUGCGUUUGUUGAAGUUGGCGAGGGCAGCGACCAUGAACCCAUUGGACGAGCGCAACAGCAGCGAUGAGUACGUGGCACGACCGCAGACUUCGGGGGGGUCUUCCAGCAACAUUGCCACGGGAUCGAGCUCAACUAACGUAUCCCGUGUGAAGUCGACGAAAGACAAAUUGCGAGAGAAAGCGGCAUGCUGCUCGUGUUUCGUCGAUUCGGGCAUCAGGAGACUGGUCAAUCACGCCCAUGGAGUGGCGGACAUGCUUGAAUUGAGCUAUUCCCAAGCUAUCACACGGAAAGAGUUCGGUGAUGUCAUCAAAACCAAGUUCAAAGACCUCGACAUGCCCGAGGAGGAUCUCGACCUCAUCUUCUGCGCCAUGGACACCGACGGCGGCGGCACGAUCACCAUGCGCGAGUUAACCAUGUUCAUGAUGGCCCUUGCUCCAGAGGACCUCGUCACCGCCCACAUGCGUUCCGACGCGGAGACGGAGGCGUUGGCCAGGGAGCGCGACGAGGAGGUGGACGAAAGCGACCGAGAGCUGGCGCGGCUGACGAGGCAGUGGACCGGCGGGCAGGUCGGGCGCCCGCGCUCCCGGAGCUCGGGGCGGACGCCGUCCAGCACGGGCUCUUCCUCCUCCUCCCCGAGGGGCCUUCGGCCGGCCUCGGCCUCCUCGAGGUCCCUCGAUGGCCAGGCCGCCCGGGCGAGCUCACGGGGGAACGCGAUCCCGCGGGGGGGCGAGCUGCGGACGCGGGAGGAGGCGGCUGUGUGA